AUGUCGCCGACCAGUAAUUUAAAAAAUCAUCAAAUUUCAAUAUUACAUUUUUGGAACAAGGGCAUACGAUCUGCUCAUCGUAUUCAUCGUGAAGCAAACAUUCCACUGACGACUAUCUAUUACAAUAUUGAUAAAUUAAAACGAUCAGGUUCACUUAAACAUCGAGAUGAAAAUGGUCGACCACGUGUCCUUGGUGGAAUAGAAAAAAAAGCUAUUGGUCAAUGCAUUCGAUGUAAUAAUGAAAUAAUUCUUAGCGAAAUAAAAGAAAAAUUAUCGAAAAUAGCACGAGCAGUGAAUUCUACUUGGGGUCGACGAUGUGAUGGUCUAUUUUUUAUCACAGAAUCAUCGAACAAUACUCAAGGCUUACCUAUAGCAUCGAUUGCCAAUAUUACACCUGGCUACGAGCAUUUAACACAAAAAACCGUUUUAGCUUUGAAAUAUGCAUAUGAAUAUCACUUCAAUAAUUUCGAUUGGUUCGUUAAAGCUGACGAUGAUACCUAUAUUUUUAUGGAAAAUCUGAAGGCAUUUCUGCGUAAUCAGAACACAUCUGAACCGGUCACAUUCGGAUGGAUUUCGAAGGGUUAUGACUAUCAUCAGGGAGGUGCUUCCUAUGUGUUAAGUCGAGAAGCACUAAAACGUUUCAAUCAAGGUCAUCAAAAGCCUAAUACAACAUGUCGCAAAUAUGGUGGUCAUGAAGAUAUCGAAAUUCGAGCAUGUCUUCGUAGUGAAGGUGUUUAUAUGGGCAACACACGUGACAAGAAAAAUCGUGAACGUUUUCAUCCUCUAAAUUUUUAUGAUCAUUUCGUCGGUCCUGUACCAGAUUGGUACAAGGAUAGAGCAGCACUUGAGCCUGUAACUAGUUACGAAAAACAACUUAAAAAAUCAAGUACUGAAAUUGUUAUAAUUCAAUCUUGUCGAUAUAUUCCACCAGUAGUUAUAGCUAGAGAGUUAAAUAACAUAUAUUCUUGGGGACCAUUACGUAAGGAAAUUUAUCCAGCUAUUGUUUAUCAAUGGUUUGAAUGGCCAAUUAAAACAUCAGUGGUUAAUCUUCAACUUAAAUUUGCUGAUUGGUAUAGCUGGGCACUAUCUUAUUGCGAGAUGUGUAGCCUGUCAAAUCGUCGUAAUUUUAUUAUGAAUGAUAUUAAUUCUGAGGGACAAAUGAAUUUAUUAUCAAAAUGUACUUAUCAUAAAUCAAGUUCUUAUCGUCCCAAUGAACCAUGGACAUUACAGCAAGCUUUAAUUUAUACAAUUGGAAUGCUUAUUGACAAGUCAAUUACUGUUAAUGAAUGGACAACGGAAUUAGAUCCAAUGUACUCAACCUUAUCAGCAUUAAAAAGAAAUAAAAUGAUACAUUACGCUAUAUAUGAUUGUUUUACAGCAACAUGUUUACUUCGACCUGUUACAUUAUAUUGGACAUUUCAACAGGUAACAAAGAUUAAUAUUCUUGAUUCAUUUCAGGCACUACUAUCAUCAACACGAGCUAAUAACAACCCAACAAAUACAAAUAUUAAAUAA